GCUUCACAUCCAUUUCCCGCCUCAUCUCUCUUCAAAACCUAACGGCUACCCUCUUCAAGAAGGCAGAAAGCCACUUACUCGUCUCGGAUUUUCCUCUUUCAAUUCAAAAUGAAAACAAAUCGCAGGUCCAAGAAGCAAGAUACGUCUUCCAAGCUAAUAUUGGAAGAGAUUAUUGGAUUGACGACAAAGAAUGCCAAUGGAUUGGCUUCCAAUAUUUCCACCUCAAGCUGUGCUUACGUGGCAGGAUGCGUGGUGGUGGUUUACAGUGUGGAUUCCGGCAAACAAUCGCAUCUCAUGGUGUCUCAUAGAACCCCGAAACCCUUGAGCUGUGUUGCGGUGUCACGGGAUGGGCGUUUUAUCGCUGCCGGCGAGUCAGGAAAUCAACCUGCAGUAUUAGUUUGGGACUGUUCAACUCUGGCAUUUGUAUCUGAACUGAAGGAUCAUUUAUAUGGUGUUGAGUGCAUUGCUUUCUCACCUGAUGGGGAACAUCUUGUGUCUGUUGGAGGAUAUAUUUAUCUUUGGAAUUGGCGGAGUGGAAUGCUGGUUACAAAGAUAAAAGCGAGCUCAUCUUGUUCUGCUGUUACAUCUGUAAGCUUCUCAGCAGAUGCUAAAUUUGUUAUUACUGCUGGAAAGAAGCACUUGAAAAUCUGGACAAUUGGAUCAUCUCCAGGGACCCGCUUAAACAAAGGAACAUUGUCACUGACAAUGCAUGGAAAACCUGUUAAUCUUGGUCCUCAGAAAGGAAGCUCAUUUACUUCCGUGACAUCUGCAAUCCUGACCAGUAGUUGUGUUGUUAAUAAUAAACAAGUUGGUGAUCCAUUUGGUAUUUAUGCAUUAACUGAUGAAGGUGUUCUAUGCCUAGUGGAUUAUGGGUUGUCAGUAAGAAAUUCAGUGGACUUAAAGGUUGAAAAAGGCUUUGCUCUUUCUGCAUCUGAUAAGCUCGUUGCUUGUGCAUGUUCUAAUGGCAUCGUACUACUCUUUAUGAGUGGGACUCUCGAUUACGUUGGAAGUUUGCUAUACUCCAAAGCCAAAAGUUCCCUGGUGGGAACUGAUGUUUACCAUCCCAGUGCUGCUGGAAAGGAUUUUCAACCUGUGCCUGCUCUUCCUGAUGCAGUAGCUUGUCAAUUCUCUACCUCAGAAAAUUUGGUGGUUGUUUAUGGAGAUCAUACUCUCUACAUAUGGGAUAUCCAUGAUAUGAGCAAGGCCACCAGGCGUUGCAUGUUAGUUUCGCACUCUGCAUGCAUAUGGGAUGUCAAAAAUCUUUGUUGUGAAAACAUGCAUGAUCCGUCACUUGCAUGUGUUGCUAGAGGUUGUCCUGGUGGAGUUUCUUUUGCAACAUGCUCAGCUGAUGGUACUAUUAGGUUAUGGGACCUUGCAUUGCAACCUGACUUGGUAGAUGAUGAUGCUGACCAUCAUUUUUUGAAUACUGAAUCAGUGGCCACUGCAAAUUUAGUAAGUGCUGGGAUUUUCGAGCGAGAUACCAUGGAGGCAAGCACUAAUACCCAAGGGUUUCGGUCAAUGGCUGCUAGCUCAGAUGGAAAUUAUUUGGCAGCUGGUGAUUGUGAAGGGAACCUUCACAUCUAUAACCUACUUACAUCUGAUUAUACUUGUUUUGAGGGUGUCCAUGUAGCAGAGAUCCUUUCACUGAGCUUUGGCUUGUCAAGCAACAAAGGUGAUAUUUCUGAAGAUGUUGUGGAUGGAAAUUACCUCCUUGCAUCAGGGGGACGAGACAGAAUCAUCCAUCUUUAUGAUGGCAAAAGGAAUUUUGAUCUCAUUGAAAGUAUUGAUGACCACUCAGCUGCUGUGACCUCUGUAAAGCUUACUUGCCAUGGCUGUAAGAUUCUCAGUUGUAGUGCUGAUAGGUCUCUGGUGUUCCGGGAUGUUUCUGCAACAGAUAGUGGUCAUCAGAUUUUGCGUCGUCAUCAUCAACUAGCAUCUCAUGGAACUGUCUAUGACAUGGCUGUAGAUCCAACAAUGGAGUUUGUUGUCACAGUUGGACAGGAUAAGAAGAUCAAUGCAUUCAACAUUGCUUCUGGGAAGCUUAUUAGAUCAUUCAAGCAGGAUAAAGAUUUUGGAGAUCCAAUUAAGGUUACAAUGGACCCAAGCUGCAGUUAUCUGGUUGUCUCCUACUCUAACAAGUCUAUGUGCAUGUAUGACUCUAUCAGUGGAGAAAUGGUUGUGCAAGUCAUGGGACAUGGUGAAGUUGUAACUGGUGUCAUCUUUUUACCUGACUGCAAGCAUGUGGUGUCUGUGGGGGGUGAUGGUUGCAUAUUUGUGUGGAAACUGCCUGCUCAUAUUUCUUCCAGGAUACUGCAGAGAAUGAAGGGAAAUGCUGGUCCAUUGACUUUCAAUAACUCAGUCCCUUCUGCUGCUAUUAGUCAAAUCAUAUUUUCUGAACAGGAAGACCAGCAGUGCAUAAUUAAUUCUAAAGAUGUACUUUUGCCAAAUUCCGCCCAAGUUGCACAAAAGGUGCUUGACCAAGGAGCGGGGACUCGAAGAACAUCAACAUUUAGGUUUAGCAUUUCAAGACUUCCCAUGUGGGCACAAACUAAAGUUGCACAUUCUGGUCUUCUAGUGAAUCCUGAUAUAACCUCAUCUCAGCCACAACAAGUAGAAGAAAAAAGCCCCUCUCCCUUAGUUAGUGAUGGUGGGCAAGGUAAUAUCUGCCAUGAAGCUCAAACUCAAUUGAGCCCUGAUGUGCAAGGCAAUGAAUCAUGCCUCAGUAGCUUGUCCAAAACUUCUCCUGAUACUAAUAGCAGCCGAACUUCAACAAUGUCUCAAGAAACUCUCAACUAUUUUGCCAGGAACAAUAACUGGCUUAACGUUUAUACUGUAUGUCUUGAUCUACUCAAUUCUCCAGAGGUGCAGCUUUUUACGGAUCUGAAGAUGCCGGUCUUGUCAUCCAAUUUGUCACAAAGCCCUCCUGGGCAUAAGACAAGUACAUGUUAUAAGCCAGUUUCUGGUCACAUGGUGGACCAGCUGAGUUUGCGUAAAUUUGGAAGCCAAAUGCAAAAGGCUAUGGAAGAUGAUUACUACCAUAUGAAACCUGAAGACAAUGAUCUUUUCAGGCAGCAUUUUUGCAGUUUAUCAGCAAGUUGCAAGGUGGAGAGAAGUACAUCAUCAGUGAGAAGAAGGUAUUCUGCACGAUAUGUUGUGAGGCGGGACUAUCAUGGAGAUUGCAAGAGAUUGUUUGACACACCAGCCAAUGAAGGUGGUAUAACCUUAAAAUAUGGGGUAGAAACUAAAUUACAUACCACCUUAGAGAAUCCAGUGAUCCAGAAUCCGGAAGAAGUGCAAGAGAUGAAUUCUUGUAAACAGGAGGUGAAGAACUCUACACAGAUCUCAAGUCACACACUAUCACAAGGCGAAUCAACAGAAUUUUCCCCUGCAGAAGGUUCUGUAAAAGUCAAAGAAGCCAUCCAUCAAAGGGAAGAUAUACCUGAAGCAAGUAGUUUGCAGCGAAGAAAAACUGCGUGCAGGGAAGCAUUGCUCAACUUGGAUGCUGCUGCUGAGAAUGUUUUAAAUCUAUUCACAGAAUUAGGAAGUCUGAUCAGUCAAGAAGAUAUUUCAGAUGGAGCUGGAGCUAAGUUAUAUGAUGAGGCAGGCAAGCUACUUCCGUCAAUCGUGGAAAAACUUGAUGCAGUUGCACAAAUGGUGCGAUGUAGAAACAGAUCUUCAUGCAGGAGAAGUAAGGUUGAAGUUUCAGGAUUGGAACCUCUGUUAGAAACGUUUGCUGAGAAUUUAUCACAGAGAGUCGUGGAGAUGGUAAAGAAUAACCUCAGUAAGGAUUGACUUGCUCGUUUUCUUAACAAGCAAUGUGCAAAGAAAUACCUUGUAAAUACCAACCUUCAAAACAAUGACCUAUGUAAUUCUGUUGCUUCCUUAAUUUUUUUUCUCUUUGGAAGCAGCAGGAUACUUCUGUAAAUAAAUCUUACAAUAAUGUGGAAAAAAUUUUUGUUCA